AUGUUAACUUUAUCAGAUUUUAAUUUAGAUAUAGAGGAAAUUAUUAACCACUUAUUAAAGAGUGAAGCUAAUAAUCCACCACCCACAAGGCUAUAUAACCAAUUUAUAAAGUAUUUAUAUGAUUCACAUUCAAUAUUAAAUCUAACAAGUAUUCAAAUUAAAAAUUUGAAAGAAGUAAUUUAUAAAUAUGACAAAAAUGAUGAAUUCUAUUUAGUAGCUAGAUAUAAUGACUAUGUAAAAUUAAACUAUUCAAAUGAAAAUGAACAAACCAAUCUCUUUUCUCAACUUUUUGAUUCAAAUUGGUAUACCAGAGUUAAUAUGAAUAAUCAUACUGAAAGAUUUAAAAGACAUUUAUUAUUUUAUCAAGUUUUACUCACAAAUUCUCAUUCAUUCAGUCAAAAAUUAUCAAAUCACAUUGGGGUUUCUAUUUUAGCAUGUGUAAGAAAGAGUGAGUUAUGUGUAAAAAUUAAUAUUAAAAUUUCAGAAUUUACAGAGAUUGAUUUAUUAUAUAUGCUAUUCUCAUUAUUACUAUUAAUUAAAGAGGAUGAUAAUAAUAAUCAACAAAAACCAUUACCAGAAAUAAUAACCAACAAUAAUAAUAAUAAUAAUAAUAAUAAUAAUAAUAGUAUUGAUGAUGAAUUAGAAUAUGAAAUGAAAAGAUCAAAUCAUAUAAAACAAGAAACAUUAUCCAUAUUCCAAAGCAUUUAUGAAUCUAAAGCAUUCCAAAAAAAUAUUUUUUCUUUAAAUCCACCACCACCAACUCCUCGUUUUCUUAAAACAAUAAAUUCAAAUGAUAUGGUCUUCAUAUUAUUCAAUGAUAAUCCUCUAUCUCAAUUACAACAACAACAACAACAACAACCAUAUAAUGGAAUUCAUGAAAUUAACAAUGAUAAUAAUAAUAAUAAUAAUAAUAAUAAUAAUAAUAUAGAAAAUGAUAAUAUGUAUGAUGAAAAAUUAAUUAAAUUUUGUAAAGAUAUAGUUUCAAUUGAAGAAAAUGAAUAUAUAAAGUCAAUUAUAAAAAUAUUAAAUUUAAUUAAAAAUGAUGAUAAUUCAAAAAAGAAUUAUACAAUGUUUUUAUUAGGUUUAGCUAAAUUCUCACAUGUAAUUCAAUAUAAAUUAGUUGAUGAAAUUGUUAAUGCAAUCAAUGUUGAAGGUGCCAAAACACUAUUUGAACCAACUAUAAUGGAUACAACCGAUUUCAAUUUCUUAAUUAUACCAAUGUUAAAAAUUAAUGGUUUUUAUUUUGAAAAGUUUAAAACAUUAAUGAAUUUCAUUAAAAAGAAUUUAAAAGAUGAUUAUCGUGAAGCUCAACAUAGAAAAUAUUUAAAUAUUACAAAUUGUGAAGAUCUUGAUCAAAAUAGUUUAAAAAAUCAAACACACCCCCCUACAUUACCUUUGAAUUUUGGUGAUGGUAUAGGUAGUGUUAUUGGUGGUUCUAUUAGUUUUAAUAAUGGUAUUGAUUCAAUUCAUUAUUAUUUAUUACCACAAUUUUAUAAACAAUCAUUAUUGAUUGAUAAUAAUCAUUUUGAAAAGACUUUAUCAAUAUUAGAAAAGUUACAUCAAUAUGCAAAUUUCCUAUUACCAACUUUAGAUUUCACCUAUAAUUUCGCAACAUGUUGUGAAAAUAAAAAAGAAACCAAAGAUAGUUUAAUGAUAUUUAAAGUUGAUGAAUCAAUUUUACUUAAACAUUCAAUAACAUUACGAUCAAAUACUAAAAGUGAUUUUCAAAUUCGUUUAGCUAAUAAUAAUUUAUUAAGAUUGAAAGAAUUAUUCAUUUUCUUAUUUGAACGUAUUAAAGAACAUCAUUUAAUGAAAGAAUCUUUAGAAUUUAUUUUAUAUGGUUUAAAAAAUAGUGAAGAAAAUGAAAAUCAAAAUGAAAAUCAAAAUGAAAAUGGUCCUCAUUCAAUUAAAUAUAAAUUUGUAUUGGAUAAAUUAAAACAUUUCUUAUUAAUUUUAUCAAUUGAUGAAAUUGAUAAAUAUUUAGUACCAAUUUUUACAGAACAAUGUUUAAAAUCACCAUAUUAUAAAAUGAAACAAGUUAAACCAAUUAUAAAGGAAUCGUUAAGUAGAGAUAACCAAGCACAAAUUAUAUUACCAAUUUAUUUAAUUCAAAAUAUAUUAUUAUUGUUAAUUAAUGAUAGUUCAACAACAAGUCAAAGAUGUAAAUUAAAAUUAUCAAUGGUUAAUAAAUUAUUUUAUAAAAAUGUUGUAAACAUUAUAAACUCAUCAAUUAGUGUACCGAUAUAUCUAAAGAAAUCAUUCUUAAAAUUACAACAAUUAAAUCAUCCAAGAGAUUUAGAAACAAAUUCAUUGGCUAAAGUUAAUGGAGAUUGGUCAAUAUUAAAAAUUGAUAAAAUAUCAUAUUUAAAGAUUAAAACACCUUCUAGAAUCAUUGAAAGUUUAGAUUUAUCUUAUGGUAAUUUACUUUUAUCAAUGAAACAAUUAAAAAUUUUAGAAAUUAAACUUUACAAUGGUAAAUUCUCAAAAGAUGAUUUCAAUUCAUUAAUUGCUCUACCAACUUUAGAAAAAGUUAUAUUUAGUGAAACAUUAUCAAAAGAAAUUUUAAAUUCUUUAUCAUCAAUUAAAAAAUUAUCAAAAGUAAAAAAAGUUGAAUUAUAUUUAAUUGAUGAUACUGAUUUAAAUUCUGAUAAUUAUGAUUAUAAAUUAUUAAAUUCAUUAUCAUAUUAUUAUAAUGGUAAUGGUAGAAAUAGUGGUAAUGAUGAUGACGAUGAUGAUGAUGGUUUAGGUGAUAUUAAUCAUAUAAUUAAAAUUAAGAGAAUCAAUGUUGGUUUUGGAUUUUUUUUAUCUUGUUAUUUUAAUGGUACAUUAAAUUGGAUAUCAAAUAAUUUAGUAGAUUGUUUUAAAAUUCAUUUAUCACAAUGUGAUUUUAAUCAUGACUUUAGUGGUCAAUUAGUUUCAGAUUUUAGAAAUAGUAUUAGUGCUAUUACACUUUUAAGUAAUAAGAAUAGUAUUACUAGUGCUGGUGGUAGUAGUGGUAGUGGUAGUGGUGGAAAUUUCUUUAGUGGUGAUGAAGAGUUUUUAGGAUUUUCUCAUGGUAGAAUUUCAAGAAUUAAAACUUUAAGACAAUAUAAAGAUUUAUUCACUUCAAAUUAUUCAAAGAAAUCAUUUAAAUCAAAUAUUAAACAAUUGGAAAUUUAUUUAGAUAAUGGUGAAUUAUCAAUACUAUUAUUGCAAUGUUUAUUGGAUGAAAUAAAUUUAGAAUCUAUUAAAAUCCAGUAUGCAUUACUUGAACCAAAUUCAAAAAUUAAAAAACCAGCUUCAAAAUUAUUUAAAUUCCUAUCAUCAUCAAAAUCAUUCCAAUCAUUGAAUUCAGUUUCAAUUCAAACUUUAUCAGGUUAUUCAAAUGAUUUAAUUGAUUGGUUUAAUAAUAAAACUUAUUCUUUCACUCCUGCAAAUAAUUUCAAAUUUAUUGACUUUUAUAGAAAUCAACCAUUUUCAAAUGAUUUAGAAUUUAGUGAUGAUGAUGAUGGUGAUGGUGAUGGUGAUAAUAAUGAAAAUAAAAAAGGUGAUAAUUUAAAUAGUGAUGGUGAUGAUGACGAAUUGUUUGAUGGUGAAAGUGAUGAAAUGUUUAGUGAAGAUUUAGAAAUGCAACUAGAAACUGAAGGUUUGAAUGAUGGUGAAUAUAACUUUGGUGAUUAUGAUGACGAAGAUGACGAUGAAGAUGAUGAUGAUGAAUAUGAUGAUGAAUGA